UCCAGGAAAGCAAAUCUUCUUCGCUAAUCACUACCAUACUUGAAAAACCACCCUUCAAAACCCAUUAUCCUUCUCUUUCGUUGCACUUAACCUAAACCUUAAAGCUUAGCCUGUGUUUUACUUUUUCUAUCCAUUUAAUACAUUUGAGAGACAGAAUUGAGAGAAGGAAAAGAAUGUCUACUUCGGUUUUUAUUCACAACUUUUGUUCGCCUCCUUCCUGUUCUCCAAAUUGCUCUCAGAAUCGAAACUUGGCUUAUACGCCUCUUCGGUUUCACUCUCCUAAUUCCAAUUUGAAGUUGAAUAAGAAAUCUUUCCCCUCCAAUACUCACUUCAAGAUUUCUACGGCCCAGAAACCUCGCUCCAGUUUUGUUGUUUUUGCAGCACAGUCCAAUUUCUUCAGAGUUCUGCAGACUGCAUGGAAUGUCGGUAGGGAUGGAAUUGAGGCAGGUGCUAAUCUGGUUCCCAAUUCUGUACCAAGACCAAUAGCAAGGAUUUCAGUUGGAAUUGUGGCUUUGACUCUCUUGCUUUUUGUGCUCAAGUCUGUCCUCUCUACGGUGUUCUUUGCUUUGGCCACAAUGGGACUUGCUUACUUCGCUUUCCUCGCAUUCAAUAAAGAUCAAGGACCUAAAGAUAGAGGCAAUGGAGGAACCAGCUCCUCUCCGCCUAUGGAUGAUCCUGUGGAAGAAGCUAGAAAGAUAAUGGAAAAAUACAAGUAGUCGCGUUGGAGUAAGUCAUUCGUUUUUUACCAUUCCAUUUUUGCAUUGUGCAUAUGUAAACUGUAAAGCUCGAAACCUGUGAGUGAUAUUUGAAAAAGGAAGAGAAAGACUUUUGUUAGAGGUGUUAUGAUCAUAUCAUAUAUGCAACUCAUUUUUUCCUUUUUACACAGCCUCUGUGCAAAUGACAUUUUUGUCAUUCAUUCGCUACAUGUUAGUCAUCUCAUAAUGGUGUAUCAGUGUAUACUUUUUCUCUCAA